AUGAGUAAAUUUUUUUUUAAUACUUUAAAUUCUUCCCUAUUUCAAAAUUUUAAAUUAAAAAGCUCAUUUUUAAGUAGUGGAUACUUUGUUGCUAAUAGAAAUUUCUCAACUAAAGUAGGGGGGACUUUUUAUUACAAUGAUUUAUUUAAAACAAAUAGAUUUUUUAAAUAUUAUCACACUUCUCCAUUUAUAAGCAAAACAAUUAACAAUGCAAAUUCCAAUGCUCUUCUUCAGAAGGAUGAAAAAAAUUAUAUUAAUCAUCAAUUAGGUGUCAGGCAUGAUAGUGGUAUAGCAAGCUUAUCAGCAGCUAUUGCACUAAUAUCAGUUGGAGGGGUAGCUCAAGGUAUAGGUAAUUUAUUUUCUGCGUUAGUUUUAGGUACAAGCAGGAAUCCAUCUAUAAAAGAUGAAUUGUUCACUUAUACAUUAAUAGGAAUGGGUUUCUUAGAAUUUUUAGGUAUUAUUUGUGUAUUAAUGAGUGCUGUUCUGUUAUAUUCAUAA